GCUUCAGCAGUCAGUUUGACGUGCGGACUUCUCCAAGUCGGUAGUGCGAGAUCAUCUGCUGCGUUUUCUACUUUUACUGCCACUCGAAAAGGUUCAGAAGGUUGAUCAUGGGAAACAGGUUCAGCAGAAGGCGAGACACACCAGCCGGCAGUGGUGAAACUGCUGCCACUGAACAGAAGGCUGCAGAGGAGCCAGCAGCUCCUCAACCAGCAGAAGAGUCUGGGAUAACAACGACCCAGGAGGCUGUUGAGACAGAGAAUCUAGAUGUGGUGGUGGGUGAGCCAGUGACACCAGUGGCCUGUUUACCCUCCGAAGAAUGUGUAUCAGAGUGUAAAGAGGUAGAGGCCCCUGCUGUCUCAGCCACACUAAAUGAUGCUGAACCAGAGCCCGUGGCAAAGGAAACCCCAGCUCCAUCCCAACCUGAGCUUCUGGUAUCAGUCAGUGAACCAUCACCUCCAGAAUCGGAACCUGUUGCAGAACCAAAACUAGUUGCUGAAGCUCAGCGCGCCCCAGAACCAGUCCCAGAAACUGUUCCUGAACCAGAGCCUACCUCAAAUCCAGAAGCAGAAGCUGAGGCUGAAGCUGUACCUGAACCCAUCUCAGAGGCAGAACCAGUCCUAACUGAGGCUCUGGAGCAGCAUGCAGACAUGCUUACCCAAGAGUCUCUCCCUGAGCCAGAGCUUUCUUCACCCCCUUUAAUCGACCUGGGUGUCCCUGAUGUCACUCCUCAACCUGUUAACACUUCUCCCUCCCCAGCUCCCAUCUCUGACCCAGACAAUGCAAACGAGCCCUCAGACAUCCCAGUGACUGAGGAAUGUGAAGGCAGCGCUGAGGCUGCUGAGAGUUCCACGUUUGAGCCGGAAAAGCCUGAGGAAACAACAGAAUCUCUGGAAAAACCGAUGGAGGUGGAGGCUGCAGAGAAUUUGGAGCAGCUUGUAAGUGAUGUCAAUGAGGAAAGCAUUAGCGGACUUCUACAGAAUUUAGAGCUGAAAGGAAAUGACCUUGUUGCUGACCUCAUUCCCAGUGAUGUCAAGAUCCCUGAUGACACUCCAAUCACAGACAUAAGCACGUCUACUGAGCUGAUGUGAAUCCACUGAUGAGAAUUCAUGAAAUAAGUGAAUGGAUAUUUUUCUGUGAAACCUUCUUUACCUUUUACAUGACUUGUGAAAGAAUAACAGAUACAAUGUUUUUUUUUCCCCUCACUUGUGUGGCCGAACUGCUUUUUUUCCUCAUUCAAAAUGAACCAAAUGUGCCAAAUGGACUCUGGAACAAACUGCUGUCUUGACAGUUUUCACCCAAAACUAAAUAUUGAUACAUUCAUGUUUUUUAAUACUUAUACAGCCAUAUUUUGUGUGUGGGUGAUGAGUAAAGGAGCUUAAACAGGACAGGGGACAUUAGUGUACUUCAGUGUAUUGAUGGACAGCAGAGAUCUUCCUCUAUGCAAAUUCACCAAGCAAGAAUUUAAAUGUAUUUCUCGUAGUGACUUUAAAAAAAAAAAGGUACCAUUGCUAUAUCACAACCUGAUAGAGAAAAAGACUAUGGGGAGUAUUUGGGGAUAUGGGGGCAUUUUGAUUUAGUGUAAAGGGAAAAGUAAGAACUUUUUAAAGUGGAUAACUAUAAGUUAGUGUAAAAUGACAGGCAAGGGACAGUAGCAAUGCAACCAAAGAUUGAGACCAUAUAUGCAUAUGAUGAUAUAGAGGGAUACAAGUAUCCAAUAGACAUUUAUGCUUUAACAUACUCAUGUUUGGACUUUGCAAUAACAGGAGUGGUCAUCUCCUUAUUGUAUUUUCAGUAUAAUAAUGUGAUUUUUUGAAAUGGAAGUAGUGGCUUGCUUGUAAAAAUAAAAAUAUUAUUC